GCUUGGUGAUAAACGCGCGAGUAGAACUGCCUUUCCUGGUGUAUCCUGCACGUGUCGUGCCUGCCGUCUUGCAGCUGUCACGCACCGACCACGCUUUCUAUGACUGGCUUCUUGCCUGCAGCGCCCUGUGCGGAUCUCUUGCUAUGUCGAACUCACAGUAGUCGGUCACAUACCUGCUAGCAGCUAAUCCAGUAUCUGCGAGGUUCCAUACCAACGUUCGCCAUUCUGCACUUCGCCAUGGAUACAAGCGAUCUCGAUGACAUGUUGUUUGGUAAACAUGACAUGCAGGUCACUUCUGAGGAUACGGAGGAGGGGGACUCAGAAGAUGAGUUCCUGUUUGCAAAUUCCCAACGGGAAAAUAUACCGUGGGAUGUGUGGAACAACUCAAACUCAACCUCCUCAACCAAUGGCAACGUACUGUCUAUUCAGGAAGCACCUCGGUAUCACCAUCAGGAGCACGCUCUAAGACCCAUACGCGACAGACUUUGGGUGAUCGCUUGCAUCGAAGCGAUGAUAGAGCUGAUUGCGGAUGCUCAGCUAGAGGAUUACGAAGCGAUCACUAUCACGCUGAAGUCCCGUGCGGCUCUGUCUCGCAGACGAUCUGCCACAGCCGACGGCCAAGAACAGACACCCGAACCGAAGGAACGCGAUAUCAAUUUCCCAGGAACAAGUGCGCAAGAGGCAUGGAACUUCACUGUACUAGUUCGUAUACUAGAGCUUCUCCAUGCUGGUCUCGUCGAUGGUACCGUCAUGACGAAGAGAGACUUGUAUUAUCGACAUCCGGACUUGUUCGUCAAGCAGUCGAUAGUCGACCGAUACGUGGACGACUUGGCUUGUACCUUCGGCAUCACUAGAUCCCAAUUGAAUGUGACUGCCACUGCGAAAGGCCUACUGGCGGGCGGCUUUAGGUUGACUCGAAACGACGGUCAUUAUAUCAACGGCAUGAGCGAGAAAGAGGGGAUGCUCGUUCCCAGUGUCAAUGAUAACGACACUCUCGACUUGGCAAACGUGCAAUGGGUUCUCAUUCUCGAAAAGGAGGCGACCUUUAGGUCAUUGAUGAGUUCGCCACGGUGGCACACGUUGGGCUCGAGCGGAACAAUACUGACUGCGAAAGGAUACCCAGACCUCGCUUCACGGAAAUUUCUGAGUCAAUUAGCAGCUAAGGCCCCUCACAUUCCCAUGUAUGCUCUGAUGGACCUUGAUCCCGACGGUAUCGCCAUCCUAUCGACGUACAAAUAUGGGUCGUAUCGUCUCGCGCACGAAAACGUUACAUCCACGGAUACAGCCACGCCAGGCUUGCCUAACAUUCGCUGGCUUGGUGUCAAGAGUCACCACAUGAGCGGGACUCCGCUAGGCGAAGUGCACACAGAUACAGGCACGAAACCUCAACUUCAAGGCCUGAUGAGACUGACAGUGCGCGACCGCAACAGAGCUGCGCGAAUGCUGGAGUGGAACUUGUGCGCCGAGGAGGGUCCCGAAAAGUGCUGGAGGCAGGAGCUACAGAAGAUGCUGAUGCUCAAUGUCAAGGCUGAAAUGCAAAUACUUGACGAAAUGCCAGGUGGAUUGGUGUCUUGGUUGAGCGACAGGCUCGGGCAGGCAACGGAGCUGGUGCGCGCGCAGCGGAUAGAUGACGAAAGGCCAGACGACGGGAUGCUCUUUUGAGAUCUGGAAUACCCCUGGGAGGUAAAUGCGCUUCCAUGCGCAGGAUCUGCAUGUGUUACCUUCUAGUUGUGCAAGACAGACAGUCGUCGAGCAGCAGGGAUGUCGAGGUUGUCGUCGGAGAGAUUUUAGGGUGUCAGGCCAGUGAGAUGCCUCUUAGGCGCAACAAGAAUAUCCCAAGUCUUGCACGCUUACAAUUGGGCGUCGCAUC